GUGCUGGAAAACAAGAAUCUGAAGGACUUCUCGUUGGUCCCGGGGUGCCUAGUCACACACCACUUGUUCACUGCUUGGCAAAAGACCUAAGGUGUCUGAGGGCAGCUGUACAGCAGUUUGAUUGUGCACCCAUGGAGCGGAACGAGGAAGGAAAGGACCAGUUCUUCAUUGUCACCAAUGGGAAGAAUAGGAAGGGCUUGACCCGAGGCUGCAUCGGUUCUGUGGAUGCAGAGACAAAGAGUGGAGAGCUGAUUGUACAAGUUUACGGGGGGAGCAGCGGAGGCAAUGCUGCGAGUAGUGCUACGAUAAAGAAGGAGGACAUUUAUCCUCUGACUCGUCACCAGGCCCAGCUGCUGCUGUUUGUGUCCCCAGCCAGCAGACGUCUGGAGGUUCUGUGCAAUGUUCAGCUCUUCAGUGCCAUCUGUAACCUGGCCCAGGAGGACUUGGUGGUGGUGAAAUACAAAAAGGGCUAUGAGCCAUGCCUGGUGAAGAACUUAGUACAAAUCGGCAAAAAGGACAGUCCAGGAGACUUGCCCAUGCUGGGCUUUGAACUGGAAUUGAUGGACCCUGAAAAGUUUUCAUCCAAGAAAGCAGUCCCACUUCCUCUAUUUAAUGCAAGUGACAUUGUCCAGGUGGCUCCGGGGUACCACUCAAACACACGACAGCCUCUGAGGGACAAUCAAUAUGCAAGUUCAAAUCGAAAAGGUCUCUCUCGGAUCAAUUCGAUGCCUGCUCUGAGUUCUCGCAAUGCUCAGUUGGGAAGUAAAUUAUCCAUUCGGGACGUUUCUGCCAAACAAACCCUGUCUCAUCACCGUCUGGAGGUGGGAUCCGUGGUGGAAGUGAUGUCAGGGAAUGGGGUCAUCAUUUAUGGGGUGAUUAGAUGGCUUGGGAUUCCAGAGGGGAAAAAAAGUGACUGGGCCGGACUUGAGUUGGACAAUGAGCUGACCACUAAUUCAGAUGGGAAGUUUGGUACUAAACGCUACUUCACCUGCAAAGGCAACAGAGCAUUAUUUGUGCCGUUGGACCGCUGCAAGCCAGACGGCAGAUUCCUGUCCAACAGCCAUCAGAAUUACACUCCAAAUGUCCCAGAGCCUCCUCCAGUCAUUCCUGUGGAGGAAUUAGAUGAGGAUAUUCCUCCAGUCCCUCAGUCAGAAGUCUUGUCUCUGUUGGAGGGGAGAAUGAAAGGAAUUCAGGGUCACUUUAACUCCUGCUAUCUAGACGCUACUCUUUUCAGUCUUUUCAGUUCAUCUAUGACCUUGGACAGUGUUUGUCACAGCUCAGCUCAUACAGAGGGAAGCAUUGCAAACACUUUAAGGAGGGACAUUGUGAAUCGUUUACGCAGACAGGGCUUCGUGCCAGCUGAGAGUGUGAUGACCUUCCGUCAGCAGCUUGGCUGUAAAUCAUUUGUGACCGAGGAGAAAGAUGUUUUGUGCUCACUGCAGUUUGAGUUGCUGUGUUUUCACACAGAUCCUGAAGAGUUCAUCAACGUUCUCCUCAAAGAUGUGUUGUGUAUGCAGCCAUUGCUUAAACUGAGGUCGAACGGGGAUACAUUUCAAGAGGCUUACACUUACCAAAUCAUCCUGGAGAAGAAUCAGGUUGGCCCCUCACCCUCUGUUCAGGAACUGCUGGAGACCUCUUUCCAGUCAUGUGAUCUCAAGUUUGAAGAGAUCCCAUCGUGUCUCAUGGUCCAGAUGCCAAGGUUUGGAAAGAAGUUUAAGAUGUUUCCUCACAUCAUUCCCUCAACAGUGUUGGACAUCACAGACCUUUUACACAAUAGCCCUCGAGAGUGCUUUGUCUGUGGACAGCCAGCUGAGUAUGAAUGUGCUGAAUGCUUAAAAGACCGCAAACUCCAGCCAGGCAGGAUCAAGCAGUACUGCUCUACUUGCAACACGCAGGUGCAUACACACUCCACACGACAGGGGCACAUCCCACAAAUGAUUGCGGUGUCAGAGCAGUUGCAAGAGCAAACUCCUGUGCUAAGGCAUCAGAUGCAGUUGUUUGCUGUUUUAUGUAUUAACACCAGCCAUUAUGUGUCUUUCGUGAAAUAUGGCCCUGAUCCACACUCCUGGCUUUUCUUCGACAGCAUGGCUGACCGAUGCGGUGAUGACAACAAUGGGUACAACAUUCCGGUAAUCAGGGCGUGUCCAGAGGUGGGAGACUUCCUGUCUCAACCUGAGGAAGAGCUUGCACAUGUUGACUUAUCUCAGACCAGUGAGCUGGUCAGUCGACUGCUCUGUGACUCUUACAUGUGUCUGUACCAGAGCACAGCAAACCUCCCGUACAGAUAAAGACGGCUUGGACUUUCAGAAUAUUAUACUCUGUAGCAGGGCAGGCUUUUACUGGAGUGUUUUGGUAACCCUGAGACAGUCACCAUGGCCUGUUGACAUCAUCACAGUA